AUGACAUUUGCGAUUCUUACGCAGUUUCUGAUUAGUGAUCAUAAAGGCCGGCGUCAAAGCCGUUGUUUGGAAGUGUGCCCCAAUCAGGCACUACCACUUCCCUGUUCGGAACCACAACUACCACAUCUGGAGGACUUUUCGGGAGUAAGACCACGACCACUACUACCGCCUCUGGUGGAUUGUUUGGUUCGAGCACUUCGGGAGGAUUGUUCUCAAAGCGUAACAGCAACAACUGGUUUUGGGAGUACCGGGACUGGACUUUUUGGCUCAAAGCCAUUGGGUGGUGGUUUAUUUGGUGCUGCUGCUACUGCCCAGCCAGCCACUGAGACCAAACAAACAGUUCAAGGGAUCUUGCAGGAAUCUGAUGCGCUCGUUAGAUCGCUGACAAAGGUGGAGCUCUUUGGUGAUGAGCGUGACGAGAUGGUAGCGAAACUCAACCAGUUAGCGGCUGCUCUGGGUACUGGAUGUGGUUACUACAAGGAUGGACAGCAACCUGUACAAUAUACACAAGGAGGACCGUUUCACCGCAUCAAGGUAUGCUUCUUUUUCCACUCGCGUUUAUUUUGUCAUAAGCUCACGUUCGUGGAUAGAAUGAAUUGCUCAUUCCAGGCGAUCGGCUAUAAUCGAGCUUCCGAAUACUCAGAUUCGGAUGGUAUCGUUGCUUUGGUGGUGAAGGCUCCAUUCACGGACUAUCAGACUGGUGAGCAGAAACAGAAGUUUGUCGAUGCACUUUUCGUAAUUCUCGGCAGCAAACCUACUAUCCAUGCUCAUAUUGAGAGCAUAAAAGCGCUACCUGAUAAUCACACCGAGGUUCGCAAAACAUUUGUGCUGCCGUUCGAAGCUCAAGCCUUAUGGAUCGCUAUUUGUGUUUACGUGACCGAGAAGUUUCGUGGACGUAUCUCUAGCAAAGAGCUGGCGCAGUAUUUCAAUCAGGCUACACAGAAGCAGCAGCUAGAGAGCCAGUUAAAGGUUAGGCAUUCGACUGUUUUUUUUUUGGUUCCAAAAGUGGAUAAAGAAAAGAUUAUUUCGCGGGUCCAUAUGGAUAAGCAACAAAAGGAGCUUUAUCUGAAAGAUCCUCCUACAGCUUUAUGUUUGUUAUAUGAGUGUUCUGCAUUCUGUUUUUUGCGACAAAACGCUCAACUUUUCACCUGUUCUACUUAUUCUUCCAUAUUGAUGAUUGUGCUUCCUCACCAUUUAUCUUGCCUAGGAUUCGAUGCAUCAUUAUGGGCGCAGGCUGUCCGAGAAAAUCCGGACCCUGAAAGAUUGCUUCCGUAUCCGAUUCGCGGCUUUGAGCAGUUGAGAAUGAGGCAGAAGGCGCAGAUCGAAAAUGUAUGUUUCGUAGAUUGUUUUUUUAUUAUCACUCUACUUUGGAUUAGGCCCGAUUAUGUCUCAAUAUCUCACAAAUCAUGCUUCCAGAUUCGGAUUGAGAAUGCUGUGGUAGAAGCGAUGAAAACUCGUAUAGGUAGACUUGAAGCGAAUGUAACGGCUGCUGCUGUGCAACUCGCUCAACAAAAAGUUAUCCAGCAACGAUUGUCACAUAGGCUUUUG